CCGGCCCGCCGUCUCCGCAGGGGGGUCUCGUAGCCGGCCGUGCCGCCCCGGGGUCGGGGAAGAUUCACAAUGUUACAUCAACAACUAAUAACUGUCUUUGGUAUAUUACUAGCUGGAGAUCUAUGUGUAUCUAAAAGCUGCUAUUCAGAAGACCGAGUGUCCAUGUAUAAUUCCUGCAACCUCACAAGUGUUCCACCUGUGCCAAAGGACACCGCAAAGCUUUUUCUAACUUACAACUAUAUCAGACAAGUGACUGCAACUUCAUUUCCACUGCUGGAGGAUUUGUUUUUGUUGGAAAUUGGAACACAACAUGUCUUUCCCCUUUACAUAGGAAAAGAAGCUUUCAGGAACCUGCCGAACCUUCGUGUCUUGGACCUGGGGUUCAAUAACAUUCUUCUGCUGGAUCUCGAUUCUUUUGCGGGUUUGCAACGUUUGACCAUUCUCCGUCUGUUUCAGAACAACCUUGGAGAUUCCAUCCUGGAGCAGCGUUACUUUCAAGAUCUGAGCUCAUUAGAAGAAUUGGAUCUUUCAGGAAACCAAAUCACAAAACUUCAUCCACACCCCUUAUUUUAUAAUCUAACCAUCUUGAAAGCUGUGGACCUGAAAUUCAACAAGAUAUCCAACCUGUGUGAAAGUAAUCUUACCAGCUUCCAAGGAAAACACUUUUCAUUUUUCAGCCUCAGCUCUAACACUUUGUAUAAGACGGAUAAAAUGGUCUGGGCCAAAUGCCCAAAUCCUUUCAGAAAUAUUACAUUUAACUCACUGGACAUUAGUUAGAAUGGCUGGAGCACAGAGACAGUCCAGUAUUUCUGCACAGCUAUUAAGGGGACUCAAAUCAGUUAUUUAUCAUUUCGCUUUCAUACAAUGGGCUCAGGAUUUGGCUUUAAGAACUUAAAAAAUCCAGAUAAGGAUACAUUUACAGGACUAGCAAGAAGCGAUCUUCGUUUGCUUGAUAUUUCCAAUGGAUUCAUUUUCUCUCUCAAUUCUUUAAUCUUUCAAAGCCUUGGUAAUCUGGAAUUUCUAAACCUUUUCAGAAACAAGGUAAAUCAAAUCCAAAAGCAAGCAUUUUUUGGCUUGGAAAACCUAAAAAUUCUCAAUCUCUCAAGUAACCUUUUAGUUCUCCUUGCCUGGGUCCUGGCUGAAGAUGGAAACAAAGUGACUGAAGAACCCAGCUAAGCAAAAGCAGAACAACUAACAACUAGAAGAAAACUGGAUCUGAAGCUUGUGGUAGUUUCUAAGGUAAAGAAAGCAGUGGGCUGCAUUACUACUGAGGGCACAUUCCCUACCAGCUCCCCAUCUGCUCAUACUGCAGAUACAAGGACUAAAUGAAAGGUAGAGAAUGGUAUGAGAAACUGAUAGCCUGAAAUGAAGGUGACCAAUUCAACACUGAAUGAAUCUUGGACAGAUCACUGUCUUCACUGCCACAUUUACUCAUCUUUUUCAUGGGGAGUCUAGCAAAUCCAUCUAUCUUCAGAGGGCUGCAAUGGUAAAUACAUGCAAAAUGGUCAGGCUUUUCAAUCCCAUGAUGACAGAUGAGAGAGUAAGUUUUUAGAACAUUUACUUCCUAUUAAGAGAGCUCUGUCUGUCCUACUGCCAUAGAAGUAGAUUUCUCUGGCACCUACCAACUGGAAAAUCUUUCCUAUUUAGCAUAACUUCUGAAAAGAAAAUAAUGUAGUUCACUAGAAAGUGGGAACCCACUCCCCCUGGGUGUUCUUCCUUCCGAGUAUUUGCUCGUACUUCUGUGGUUGUUUUUGCUAACAGUGUCCUUUUCAUCAGUGUUCUUCUCUGAAGAGACUCAUUCAUAAUAUUCUCAUUUGGGUAUAUACACAUUCGUUCCCUUGACACUCCAGCAAUCCGCAGUUCCAUUCAUACCCCAACACACACAUCAGAAGGCUGUUUAAAAAACCCCAGGAAGUUUGCUCAGACAUGUGCUAUUUUAAGAGACUUGGACUGGGUCUUGGAAUUUUACAACAUUUGGAGGAUUUGGCAGUGUGACUGUUUCCACGCCAGGACACACGUGCAGUCUGAACAUGUGCCAUGCACUUUGAAGGAGAGGAAUAAGCUACCUGCAAGCCAACAUAUGAAGAGGAAGGCCUAUAAAAUGCUUGAGAGCAGCUGUAGCAAAACAUUCUGGGGAAGGCUGAUCCAGUCAUCCACCAGCUCAUCCCUGGAGAAGGAGAAGAGCCAGGCUGCAGCCAACUGCAAGGUGCACUGCCCUGUUAGUGCAUCAGAGGACUGUCCUAUUCACAUGGCAGCUCUAUACAGUACGUAGAUACUAAGCCUAUUGACACUUCCUCUGCAUGACUCCACUAUGCCAGCGUCUGUGAAACAGAUCUUCUAAUACUAGAAGAUACCACUGCAGCUGGAUUGCUCUUGAUUUCCAGAGGAAGGGAGUAUUCCUUGUACCUGUUCUCCCUGCUGGGAGCAGGCUUUUUAUCAAGUAAUUGGCCCAUACUUCACAUGCAUGAGGUAAAACAAAAAUCCACCAAAAACAUUUUGCAGAAGCACCACAGUGGCUCUCCUUGCAAAGCCUCCCCCUCCCUUCUGCCAUGCUACAGGUUCUGUUGCUUCUCAGACAACCUCAGAACACUGACUUUCUUAAUUUAAUAACACACUGCUCUCUGACCUUUGCUUUACCCCUUUACCUGAGAUUGAAGGAAGAAGCUGAGAAAGAGUUUCUGUGGAGGAAUCUGUACUUCGUGUAUAUAGGUAACUUUCAGUGACCCUUUGGUAGCCCUUACACUCAGGUUGAAAUCCCCUCUGUAUCCUGUUGACUGUAUUUCAUUGGCAUUACAAUACAGCACAUCCUGUCUGAACCUAUGAACCUUUGGCCAGACUCUCACCUUUAUGGCUCCAAUAUACAAGCAUUAAUAACACUUGAUGAGUUAUCACAAUGUGCCUAGAAGGACAAAUCCCUCCUAUUUGGCUCCCACUUGUUUUUUUUCACUACUCUAUAUAUUUUGAUCCAGUCACUGGCUAGUAAUCACAGUGGAUAUUGAUUGCAGCUCACCUCCACGAUAUCCACUGGCAUUGAGGAGGAUGGGAAGAACAUCUUCAAACAACUUUUUCUCAGUACUAGACACUACUAGAAAUAAAGCUGAUCAGUAAGAUGAUCGAUUAAUGGGUGCUUUGUCUUUGAUGAGUCAUCUGUGAUGAGAACCAGAGAAAUAUCUUGAUGGUUGCAACCUAGAUGAACUGGGAGGAGAAGUCAUGGUAAAAUGAAAACCAGAGACCAUAAGAAAAAAAAAAAAAAAAGAAAUCUUCAAAAUUGGAGAAAAC